ACUUAGAAAUAAACUGCACCUAUCAUUUAUGUUCUGUAUUAAAACAAUAACAUCAUCUGUAUUAUUCUAAAAAAAACAAUAAUAUUUUUACUUUCGUAUAAAAUUAUGUUUCCAUGCUAAUACUUUGUAACUGGUAAACUUUUAACAUUGAAAUGCGAUAUUAAUAUUGUAUUUUAUUUUUCACACAUGCUGCUUAGCAUCUUAGAAUUCACAGUUCUAUAGGGAAUAUAUGUCAUGUCGAAUAAAGAUACAAUGUGAUCUUAUGCAGGAGUUAUAUAGUGUAGGUGAAAAUAGGGUUUUCUAGUAAUAUUGAAUGUUAUAACGUUAAUAACAUUGAAAUGCGAUAUUCAUAUUGUACUUUUCACACUGUCAAUUGAACUUCUUCUACAGCGUAUAAUGGAACACUAACCACACAUCCUUGUUCAUGCUCCAUGUGAUCUUUAUAAAAGAACUUUCUCAUGAACACAAAGCAUCCAGCUCCCGUACGUUCACAUAAAAGUCAAUACGUGGCGGUGCUGUGUUUACAGAGGUGGAGACGGGUGGGCUCUGGUCUCGUAGUGAACCUCCUCUCUUCCUUCCUGCAGGAACAUCCGUCUCCAUCCCGGACCCUCACCCCGGACCCUUAUCCCGGCCCGCCCUCCACAACAAUGAACUCCUCGCCACACGGCUCCCGCGCCUCCAUCGACAUCCUGGAGGAACUCCAGAUGAUUGCUGCUCAGAACCUGGAGAAACUGGACAUGAACAAAUACUAUGAGGUGGUCUGUGAGCUGGGGAAGGGCACGUACGGGAAGGUGGACCUGGUCGUACACAAAAUCAGAGGCACUAAAAUGGCCCUGAAGUUUCUGAAGAGGAAGACGACAAAGCUGAAGAGUUUCCUGAGAGAGUACAGCAUCUCCCUGUACCUAUCGCCCUGCCCCUUCAUCAUCAACAUGUACGGCAUCGCCUUCGAGACCGACGAGUACUACAUCUUCGCUCAGGAGUACGCGCUGGCAGGAGAUCUGUUCGACAUCAUCCCUCCACAGGUGGGUCUUCCUGAGUGUGUGGCGAAGCGCUGCGUCCACCAGGUGGCGAUCGCCCUGGAUUACCUGCAUUGUAAGAAACUCGUGCACAGAGACAUCAAACCCGAGAACAUCCUCAUUUUCGACAAAGAGUGUCGCAAAGUCAAGCUCUCAGACUUCGGCAUGACGCGGCGCGCCGGCUCCCCGGUGAAGCGUGUCAGCGGCACCAUCCCAUACACGGCGCCCGAGUUGUGCGACACCUCACGGCACGAGGGCUUCUGCGUGGACUACAGCACGGACGUGUGGGCGUUCGGCGUGCUGCUCUUCUGCAUGUUGACGGGGAACUUCCCCUGGGAGAAGGCCAUGCCAAACGACACCUUCUACGAGGAGUUUGUGCGCUGGCAGCGGCGCCGGACAGGCACGGUGCCGUCGCAGUGGCGCCGCUUCACCGAUUAUUCUCUCCGAAUGUUCCGAAGGCUCCUCUCCAUUGAGCAGGAGCGCCGCUGCUCCGUCAAAGAAGUCUUCAGCUACUUCAACCAGAGCUGGAUGCUGGACACGGAGAACGGGAACGGCUUGGCGAGCAGCGCAGCGCCCCCUCUGGACAUCAGCUCGUCGUCGUCUGAGGAGAACGUGUUGGUGGACCGGCUGAAGCAGCAGAGCCUGUCCCCCGCCUGCAUGGCAGCGAAGGGGAGCCUCAUGAUGGACACACACUUCUCCUCCGUGUCCACGAACAGCUCGCCCUCCUCCACUGGCAGCUACGAUCGCGUCAACAGAGAGAACAACGAGAGAGGGCGCCACCUGGUGGCCACGCCCAUCGAGAUCUGCGUCUAGAGGUGCUGGACACUGCGUUUCAUGUGAGGAGGGGGAUUUCUCUGAGGUAGAGGAGCAAAGGGCGGAUCAAAAAGUUGACGCCUCGCUGCUGAUUUACUAAUUUCUGAUGAAGACUUGCUCUGAGGAAGUGAGCAGAGAGCCUCCUGUAUGUGCUCUAUACUUGGGAUACUGAAAUGGACGACCUGUUGAAAAAAUAAUGCUGAAGGACAAAUACAAAAACAAAGACAUUCACAAUCCUCGAGCAAUAUGAAAAUGAUCCAGUCCAAAAAAUAAUUCUCGAUCGGCUUUCAGUAAAAACAUUUCUUUAUGGUACUUUUGUGUAUUUAUAGAUAAGUGUUAUUUCUUAGUAUGUGUUUUUUUUAUUUGGAGUUCAAUUAUUUAUUUAAAGCAGAUCCAUAUAUUUAUGAUUUGUAAGAGGUUAGAAGCCUUUUGUUUUACUCUGGCUUUCCCUGAGAAAGAAAUGUAAUUACUGUAGUAUGGUUUUUUGAAAUAUUCGUCAUCAUGUUGUUGUGAUCUCUCUCCAUAAUGUCCUCUCCCAUGUUUGCCUGUGAUCCCUCUUGUACAGCAGCAAUCCAUAAAUGGUACAUAGUUUUCUUUGGGUAAAAAAUACAUAAUAAUCAGCUAUUUGGUAGAAUGACACACUGGAAAAAAGUAAGAAUGUGAUUCUUCAAUUUGCAUGGUUAAAGAAGACAAUUGUAUCUUUCAUUGAGGAAGUAGCUUAAUUAUCUAACAAGUGAUUCAAGUGGACUUUCUUCUUCUCCGAAAAUAAAUAAAUAAAAGAAACAAUCAUUGACAUUAAAAUUUCUGAUUGAAUACAAAUAAAUACAUACAAUUCUGUAAGGAUUUGGGGAUGUUACCUGCCCUAUUAAAUAUGUAUUAUGUCGUUUUUAUUGCUGUUUACUUUAAAAGUAAAACCCUGAAUGUGUCAAACAUUUGGGAAUUAAAAUGUUUACUUUCUGUUUUCCAUAAGUAUUGCAUGUUCAUGCCUGUGGUGACAUUAGUUUAAAUAAACACCCCCAAAAUUAAAUUGGAGCUAGUUUGUCUUUUUAUUCCUUUUUUUAUAAAGGU